AUGAUCACCGGCUUCUUCCGAGGCGGUGGUGGUUGGAGGAACGGUUCUACGUGCGAGAGGGCGGUGAUGGAGCUACAAAACCGACUGAGAAACUUGAAGAAAGAGAGGGAAAAACGGGUCCAGGACCGUACCGGCAGAAUAGCUCGGUUCGUAGACGAUGGGGACGUGGGUGCGGCCUUCGUGGCAGCGGAGCAGAUAGUGAGGGAGGAGAACGCGAUCCGGAUCCUCGAGUUGCUGUACCAUUCGUGCGAGAUCGUCGUCGCAAAUCUCACCUAUAUCCGCCGACACUCGGACUGCCCUAGGGAGAUCAACAAGGCGGUAUCCACGCUGGCUUUCACCGCCCCGCGUUGUCCCGAUCUCCUCGAGCUUUGGAUCCUUCGACAGCUCUUCUUCGAGCGUUACGACGAGUUCUACGACGUUGUGGCGGCGGAUGCCGAACUUGAGGGUUUUGUCACGACCUUACUCUCGAUCGUGCGGCCCUAG